AUGGCUGCCGUAAGCAAAGCCCUUAUCCAGGAAUGCAGAAACCUGGGCCAGAGAGCGGAGUUUGUCAACACAUACUGGACGCUGCGAGACCUGCCAGCCAGGGCAAGGGACGGCAUCCAAGACACGCCAGAAGCAGCCCAGGCCGUUGGCGAGCAGCUGGCCAAGCAGGACGACAUCCUUGUGUGGCGUGCGAAGUACCUCCGCUCAAUCCUGAAGUUUCGAGCAGAGGGUAAGGCGAUCUAUUAUCUCGACGAAACGUGGGUCAACGCCGGACACACCGUCAACAAGAUCUGGGUCGACACGACGGUGCGUUCUGCCAGAGACGCAGGAAAUCGCGGCCUCAGCACCGGUCUCAAAAAUCCAUCUGGCAAAGGCAGCAGACUGAUUGUCACUCACGUUGGGGGUGACCAAGGCUUUGUGGAAGGUUGCCUCGACAUUUUUCAUGGAGUGAAGUCGGGCGAUUACCACGACGAGAUGGAUGGCAACAGGUUUGAACAUUGGUUUGACUUGUUCCUGACCAAGGUAGAGCCAGGAAGCGUUAUUGUAAUGGAUAACGCUUCCUACCACUCAAGACGUGUGGAGUGUGUCCCCACGAAAUCUUCAACCAAGAGUGUCAUCCAAGAAUGGCUAAGCUCAAAGGGAAUUGACUGGGACAAAGACAUGCUCAAGGUGGAACUAAUUUCUUUAGUCUCCCAAGUGCGACACAAGUUCCUCAGCUACCGAGUGGACACACGUGCUGAAACUGUUGGGUGCACGGUUCUUAGGCUGCCCCCUUAUCAUUGUGAGCUGAAUCCCAUUGAGCUUAUCUGGGGGCAAGUGAAGAAUGAGGUUGCACGAAGCAACUCGUCUUUCAAACUAAAAGAUGUGAAGGUGCUUCUAGAGCAGGCAAUCAAGAAUGUCACGAAAGACAACUGGACCGCUGCUAUACAGCAUGUUAAGAAGAUGGAAAAGCAGUUCUGGGAGAAUGACAGCCUGUCGGACAGAGAGGUUGCACCAAUCAUCAUCGAAAUCAAUGCCGGAGAUGUCAGCGACGACUCCUAUGAAGAUGAAAGCUGCGAUGAAGUUGUCUCUGGAUCAGGCCAGCCACACAUUCCAGGUGUGGAGCCACUUAAUAUGUAA